AUAGUAUUACCAGAAAUCGCAAAACGAAACAUUUUCAGAAAACAAAACCCAUCCACGGAAAUUAUAUUUUGAAUCAUAUUCGACUAAUGUGUCUAAAUUAGUGGAAAUGAACCUGACUAUGAAACAGACCUACGAAAAACAUUAUAUGCUCCGUGGUCGCUCUUCUUUAGUCUCUGAAUUUUGACAGCCUAAGUGGAAAGAGAUUUGUGCCGAAAAAUGUAUAAAUUUACGAACCACAUAACUAAUGCUAAAUUAGUAUUGGUACGGCGGCACAUGAGCGAUGGGACCUGUGCCGCCAUGAUAGUGAUGCGCUCUCCACGGCGUCAGUACGCCACACAGGAGAAACCCUUAUCUGACCCAUGCAAGGCUCCCCCGCCAAAACCCAAAAGUCACAAGCUGUUUUGGGGAGCUAUUGGAGCUACGGUACUUACUGGUGCCGCUGUGGUUUACGCUAAGAACAGUCCCGACGCUCGUAACUGGCUAGAGUCAAAUGUCCCUUUGGCUAACGACUUUGUGGCUCUAGUUUACCAGGAGAACACCACUUAUUGGAAGGCUGCUGUCAAUCAGUUCAACAGAACAACUACGUACUUAAGUCACCUUGCGUUUGGAAAGGAGGGUGUUACUCCCCAAAAAUUGACCCCCCGUUCGGAACAAGACAUCGAGAAAGAUGCUGAAUUAAAAUUCUCAAAGAAGGACUAUCAGCUACCGCCUCCCACGUUUGAACCACUUUACGUUGAAGAGAAACCUAUUGAAAAACCAUCGGUGGAUGCGAAAGCGACAGUGGUACAAACGGACAAGUGUGAGCCACAAGUGACGCCGCCUGUUCGGAUCACGAAAGAUUUAGUUGAACUUGAGCACGACAUGCACGAACACACCAAAAUCGCCGUCGACAACUACAAACUGGCGAUCAAGUACUGCGAAGAUUAUAACAAGGCUUUAUUCAGGGUCAUAGAAUCAUCUCUAGCGGAUUUAGAUAAGAACUGCUUUUCUACCAUGAAGAGUGCGCUGUCACAGCGCGACCUGGUCGCGAAGAAAGCUAAAGACUCUGCGACUAAGGCUAAGUGCGCUAUUGAGACCUUAGACCGCAUGAUCAACGCGGGCGUGCAGGCCCCGCCGGAGACCGUGGCGGCCACCAAGCGCUACAUCAAGCAGUUCCGCGCGGACAUCGGCGCCGCAGAGGACACCUUCAAGCGGGAGCAGGAGAAGUCGCAGCUCAGCGACAGGUACUGGAGCAAGGUGGAGGCAGCCCGCACCAUGUUCAAGGAGGAGUUGGAGUCCCUGUUCCCGGGCAUCGACCUGUGCGCGCGCAAGCUGGACAUCAAGGGCGACACCGACCUGCUUCUAGUCUACACGCUCAAGAGGAUUCAAUUCCUGCAGAACGAAAUUGCUGAGCUUCAGACAAUCAGGGAGCUUAAGAUCAACAGGGCUAUUGAAUGCCACGACGAGAAGGCUAUAAUUGAAGCUAAAGCGGAAGACGUUAUCAAGACUGAGAGGCAAGCGAGGGAAGCCGAGUUCAUGAAGAAGGCUCUACAAAUCCAAGCGGCUGCCAACAGGCAAACGAUGGAUCAACUCAAAAAGCAGUGCGAGCUCCAACAGGAAAUAUUACAGGAUCGUCUCGCCAAGAAAGAAAAGGAGUUAAUGGCUAACUUCAACCGCGCUGUCUCGGAGAGAGUGGAAGCCGAGAGGGUGCUAUUCAAGAAGGAGUUGGCAGCUAUGGCCGGCAAGCUGCAGGCUAUCGAACACACUUUGAAACAGCGCGCGGCGGCGGAGGCGGAGGCGCGGCGCUCGCAGUCGCUGUGGGCGGCCGGCGAGGCGCUGCUGGCCGCCACGCGCCGCGCCGCCGCCGACACCAAGGUCGACAACGAGCUCAAGGCGCUCGAGAAGGCCGGAAAGGACGACAAGCUUGUGGAGACGGUACUGAAGGGCAUCCCCAACGAGGUCCGUGAGAAGGGAAUCGCCACUGAGAAGUCACUUCGAGACAGGUUUGAAAAGUUGGAGAAGACCGCGAUAAAGGUCGCUCUGAUCGGGCGCGAGGGCGCCACGCUGCCUGUCUACUUCAUGUCAUGGUUGCAGUCCAAACUGCUGUUCCAGAAAUUCUCGGAAAUCCCUAAAGAAGAGUUGGAGAACAAUCCGAUUGAUUUCACGAAAUUGGACACUUUUGACAUUAUCCAGAGGGCGAGGUACCACAUGGACCACAACAACCUGCCGGCGGCGCUGCGCUACGUGAACCUGCUGCAGGGCGCGCCGCGCGCCGCCGCCAAGCCCUGGGCGGACGCGGCGCGGCGCCACCUGGAGAUCCGCCAGGCCGCCGAGGCCGUCAUGGCGCACGCCUCCGUCUCCGGCCUGCUCUACCUGUAGCUCGCCAGCGACUACCCGACUGCAGCCUCGGGACUGACCACUAUCAACUUUAUAUCUUGUUCGCCCGAGGCCAGGUACAAUUUGUCGUCAACUUGUAUUGUUUAAUUUCCCCAUCAAUUAGAUAUGAAGUUUAAACAAUCUUCUUUGUCUGCCUCUGUGGUAAUGGUACCCAAUGUUAAUCUUUAUCGAAACUGUUUUGCUUUACUGUACUUUUUGUAAGUGUAAAGAUUAUACCUUAUCUGUGACGUGUGUUGUAACGGGUGUCGUAAUUUUUUAUUUUAUUUUGGAGUAAUGUUCGAAUUACUACCAAUAAUAUAAUAUUGUCUUAUUUAUGGAUAAUUCCAUCCGUUACGUUUACGCCGUGAUUGUGAUGAACAAAAUUCACUUACGAAUUUAUCGAUUUCAAUUAUAUAUGCGAUCGAUUGUCGACGACGAUGUUACACCUCUAGCACAUUACCGAGCAAAACAAUCGCAUCUAAAUUAGCGAUAGAUUGCUAUAGUAAUUUUUAGAACUUCAUUAUCAUUACUAAUGCAUGAAAAUAAAUAAAUUGAUUAGUUGUUAAAAAAAUAUCGUGCAUUAGUAACUUAGUAACCAAUAGCUCAAUUGAAAUUGUGUCCUGCAUUAAUAAUGUAUUAAAGAAAUAAAAAUACUAAAAAAAACGCAAACUUAUCGCAAUGCUGCUAGUGUUGUAACUGGUACAAUAAGAACUCUUUAGUACUAUCAGUCAACUUACUUAGAUUUGUAGGUGAUAAUGUCGCAACUAGGGCGCUUUGACCAUUCAGCCGAAACCGGCUGGAAUAUUUUAUUUUUAAAUAAAUUAAAUGAAAAAUAUAACUGUCCUUAGUCAAGAACUUAACUGCUACUUAACCCCCAUAAAAUAUUGUUGUUAUUAUAAAAGUCUAUUUGUAGCAAAACAUGUGAAUUUAUUUUAAACAGCUGUUUAGUCGAUUAUUUAUUUAAUUCAAUUUAGUAUAAAGUCUGUUUUUUUAUAGUGAGGUAUAGAUGAACGUAACAAAAAAUUGAAAAAUUGUAUU